UGGCGAAGAGAUUCCAUUCCAACUAUGGCGUUGUUGGGAUUGGUGUGGCUCGUGGUAGGGCUUCUAGUCGGGGCCUAUUUGUUGAUUAAAAAACGUUUCAACUACUGGAAGGAUCGUGGAGUGCAAUGCAUUGAACCGGAGUUUCCGUACGGAAAUUUCAAAACCUUGGGUAAGGUGGAACAUAUCGCUCCGAUCACCAGACGGCACUAUGACUACUUCAAAGAAAAAGGCGUACCGUAUGGAGGUGUGUUCAUGUUGACCUCCCCGCUGUUGUACAUUUUGGAUGUGAAACUGAUCAAAACACUGCUGGUGAAGGAUUUCAAUUACUUCCCUAAUCGGGGUGUUUAUUUCAACGAAAAAGACGAUCCACUAUCGGCGCACAUAUUCGCGAUCGAGGGCCACAAGUGGAAGACUUUGCGAAACAAGCUCUCGCCCACGUUCACGAGUGGCAAAAUCAAGAUGACCUUUCCCUUCGUAGUGGAGGUGUGUAAGCGGUUUUGCGAUCAUCUAAAUGAGGCAAUACAAAGUGAGAAUCAAGUUGAGAUGCAUGAUUUGUUGUCGCGGUACACGAUCGAUGUUAUUGGAACGUGUGCGUUCGGUAUUGAGUGCAACAGUUUCCGCGAUCCUGAUAACGAGUUCCGACGGUACGGGAAGCUCGCCUUCGACAAGCUGCCUCAUUCGCCGCUGGUUGUGUAUCUGAUGAAAGCUUUCCGGAAGUACGCGAAUGCUCUUGGCAUGAAACAACUGCACGAGGAUGUGUCUUCGUUCUUUUCCAAAGUGGUUAAGGAUACAAUUCAGUACAGGGAAGGGAAUAACAUUGUUCGUAGCGAUUUUAUGGAUCUUUUGCUGAGAUUGAAAAACACGGGUCGACUGGAGGAUGCUGGGGAGGAAAUUGGAAAACUUUCUUUUGAGGAGAUUGCUGCUCAGGCUUUUAUUUUCUUUACCGCUGGUUACGAUACUUCAUCAACGGCGAUGACAUACACAUUGUACGAACUAGCACGCCAGCCAGAGGUACAGGAAAAGGCACGCAACUGCGUUCUAGACAUUUUCGCCGCCAACAAUGGCAAUCUAACGUACGAAGCUGUCUCCAACAUGGGUUAUCUCGACCAGUGUAUAAAUGAAACACUUCGCAAACAUCCACCGGUUGCUAUUUUGGAACGCAACGCCGAUAAGGACUAUCAACUGCCAGACAGUGACCUGAUCAUUCGGAAGGGCCAUAAGAUUAUGAUUCCGACCUAUGCCAUGCAUCACGAUCCGGACUACUUCCCGAAUCCGGAAGAGUACGAUCCGGAUCGGUUUUCAGCGACUGAAGUGGCGAAGCGCGAUCCGUACUGCUUCCUGCCAUUCGGCGAGGGACCACGCAUUUGCAUCGGGAUGCGCUUCGGACAAAUUCAGGCUCGCGUCGGAUUGGCCAGUCUGCUCAGACGUUUUCGGUUUACGGUGUGCGAUCGAACGCAGAUACCGGUGCAGUACUCGAGGACUAACUUCAUUCUCGGACCGGCCAAUGGCGUGUGGUUGAAGGUGGAGAAAUUGCAAUCUUGAGCCUGGCAAUGCCAGGUGGAAGUCGAUGAAGAAUAAAUGUUUUAUAAAUUGUUAAAACUAAUUAAGAAAGCUGAUUUCUGCGAGGAUUUUAUUUUAUUUUCUAGACAUCUGGGAAGCUAUGGUUCUAACUUACCAUGAUUAAAAAUAUCCUAGAAGUUUGCCUGAAAUGAAAAAUAAAUAAAUAAAUGUUAAAA